UUCGUGAUUGACACGGAUGUCGCGGACCUGACGCGAAGUCGCGCUCCUCUUUUGCACACUCACUAUCGCGGCGUCGCGACGCUACACGACGUUUUCCCCAUCAUGGCGAGAUAUAACGAUGACGAAGAUCGGCGGGAAACAGCGUGAUCACGAUAAACUUGUUGGUGAUAUUCCUUUCUUUCUGUUAUCUACGGGAGCGGAAACCGACGAAGGAUGUGAAAUAACAGCGUUGCUUGUAGCAUGUUUACGGAUCUUCAUAUUUUUUUCUCCAAGCACAGUGAUACAGCAGUGUAACGUGUUGCAGUAGUAUUCCUCAACGGUUCCUCACUGUAGCUUUGACUUUAUGAGCAAAUCACAUGUAACGCGAUAAUUGUUGAAAUAUGACACAAACGUUACAUAAAAAACUGAAGAUCGACACAUUAACACCGAGCGGCAGUGAAAGCUUAACGGUUUAUCCACGAUUAUUGAAAGCCGGUUCUUAUCACACCACGAAAAAGCUUUUUUUAUUGAUGCAGAGACAAGUGACAGUGUUACAAUCGGUCGCGGUAUUAACAACGAUCUGCAUCGUGGCAUUGUUAAUGCUGGCGAAUUUAGCGCAAACUUCGCAUACGGAGACAAACAUAGCGCCGGUCGCAUCACCGAAAUAUGCGUCCGUCGUGUCUGAAAUAAUACCGCGGGCAAUAAUGCCGCGGGCAAUAAUGCCGCGAGAUCAGAUGGAAGAUGUUAGGAGAGAAUUGGACAGCAGAAGGCAGCAAGUGAUGCACGUAUGCGAGACAAUCGGCGAGAAGACAUCGUACUUGAACGCCGCGCUAACAAAUAUGAUUAUCAGCACGGAGUACAACGUAUCGUGGUGUCCCAUAUACAAGGCGGCGAGUUCCACAUGGAUGAAUUACUUUGCCGCACUAAAGGGUAGUCCGACAGACGAUAUUAUGGAUUUAGUGCGUCACAAUCUUUUGCAAAUUAGCGAUAUCGUAAGACAGAAAUUUCCUCACGAUGCGGAUUUUAACAAAACCUAUGAGAAAAUAAGCAGAACGAAGAAGUUCCUAAUUGUACGACAUCCGCUGGAGCGUUUGUUGUCCGCGUACAGAGACAAGUUGGAGCACAUACAGGACCGCGAAUAUUAUUACAAACGCUUUGGCCGACGAAUCGCACUCAUGUAUCGCAAACCCGGCAAUGUGAUGACGAAAUUAGAACCGUCGUUUACAGAGUUUCUGCGAUUUAUCGUCAAUGAAAAAUACUUCGACGAACAUUGGGCGCCGUAUUAUCGCACUUGCGAUCCAUGCAUGCUUCGUUACGACUACAUCUUAAAGUUUGAAACGUUAGACAGAGAUCAGAAUUUUUUCAUACAAGAUACAAAUCUAAAUGAACAUCUGUAUGACAGAAACUACCCACAGAACACCAAUCCUCAUGGCGCAACCACCAGGGAAACACUGAACAAGUAUAUUAAAGAAAUACCGCAAUUGCUUCUUGAUGAGAUUUAUAAAAUCUAUGAAUACGAUUAUAAAUUAUUUAACUAUUCCUUUACCUAAUGUUAUCUGUUUCAGUUAUAUAUAUUGUAUAUAGGCAGCUUAUAAUUAUGUAAA